AAACGAAAGACUCACAGUAUAAAAAUAUUCUAUUCACGACACAUCAUCGUCAUCACCAUGUUAUUAAUGCUAAACAGCGCAGGACGCUGCGGUCAUAGUACUACAACAGUCGUGACGCUGUCGGUCGCCGUUCUACUGACCGUCGGACAAGUCCAAAACCUUAAGUGCAGGACGGCGGACCACUCUAGGCGUCAUGGGGAGUUUGUCGACAUAGCUGAACAGUGCAGCAACACGACUUCAGGCGACCGGCCGACGGCGGUUGACGGCGAUUAUUCUACUUACACGUCCAGCAGCGACAACGAUGGUCGGUGGAACGGAGACGGACGGCGAAACAACAAUCGCGAGUUCAGCGUAAACCGUCAGGACUUCAGCCAUAACCGCGGGGGCGGCAGCGGCAGUUACGACCGCGACCCGCCGUCGUGCAGCGAAGUCCGACCGCAACAAUAUUCGGGGAAUCCAGGCAGCCGAUCGAAAAACCACCGACAAGGAAGCUAUCCAAGUGCCGAUUACGACGCGGGACAAUCUAAUUUCAACUACAGACAACCACAGUCAACGAGACGAUAUCGCAGGGAUGACAGCAAUGAUAAGAAUAAACGUCAAAAGGCGGCGGUAACUGGUAGUAAUAGCAGAUUGUUGGGGAACAAUCGUUUCAGAAACUUGACGAAAAUUGGAGGAAGUCAGUCGGGCAAAGGGACGUUCCUCGACAAAAUGGACGCUUGUACAAUACAUUGCGUGUUCAAUGAAUUAGAAAUGUUAAACUCAAAUUCUCGUCCGGACAAACAUUCAAUAGUAAAUAUAAUGACCAAUCAAAUAAAAGACGUCGAACUGAAGGAAUUCAUACAGGACUCCAUCGACGAAUGCUUCGACGCCCUCGAGCUGGACUCUCAUAACAACAAAUGCGAAUUUUCAAAAAACUUCGCAGUGUGCAUGGAGAAUAAAGCUCAAAGAAAUUGCGACGAUUGGGAUGAAAACUUGUCCACGAACAAAAUCAACUCUGCCGGCAUGCAAGACGGAAACAACCAGCAAGACAAAAGAAAAGGAUAUUAAAAAAGUUUCUUCGUAGAAUUAAUAUUAAUGCCAUUGAUUAAGUUAUUUAAACAAUUUAUUAAACGUUUAAAAUUCGACA